UUUACAAGCAGUAGUCAGUAGUGGCCUAGGCCUUAGUGGGUUCUAUUAUUUGUAUCUUUUUCCGAAAAUAUAGGUUUAGACUGAUUAUGAAAAAUUCAGAUUUUCUGGAAUCUGGAUUCUGUUGAUAUGAGUGCAGGGCUUAUGAAAAUGUGCCCCGUGUGGGGUCAUGCCUGAACACUGAGUGGAUGCCCGCGGAUGGAUAGCCCGAGCUUCCGAAGUGAAUGUUUUGAUUGCAUGCUGGCCCAUCUUUUCUUUCCCUAACCAUUGCGAGACGAGACGUCCUAGCACAACAGAUGGAACUUCAUCGGAAUGGUAACGCGAUUAUGAGAGUGUCAUGUAUUGUGAAGUAAGCGCUGUCUGAAUCCGUCGCCCCAGCCGCCACCACGCAGAAUAAGACGGCGCAAUGGAGGCCCCUGCGUGUGCGAGCAGCGUUCGUCUUGCCCGCAAUUGCAACAGUAUUACUGCAGUCUUCCUCUUGCUGUUUGGUGUCCUGUCCCCCGGAUCCCUUGCUUCUACCCACACUCCCCGCGCGGAUGUGUCCGCAGUAAUUGGCGAUUCCCACGCUGCACAGUCGACGUGCAAUGGGAACACGGAGAUAAGCUGCGAUGGUGGGCGGGCGUGCAUACCAAAGAAUUACGUCUGUGAUGGCAUUGCGGACUGCCAAGACGGCGCGGAUGAACCUGCGUCGUGUGUGGCUGUCCGGGAUCGACCUUGCACCAUUGUGGAAUUUCGUUGCGCCAACGGUCGAUGCAUCCCUUUACAGUAUAUAUGCGACGGUCGGGCUGAUUGCCGCGACUCUUCCGACGAAAACUUGCUCAACUGCAGCAACACUUGCCACAAAGACCGGGACUUCUUCUGUCCUGCUAAUGCCAAAACUUCUUCCUGUUUUCCUUUAACGAAGCAAUGUGAUGGUGUGUAUGAUUGCAUCGAUGGACGGGACGAGAUUGGCUGCGGGGACUCUGGUAGUCCGAGCACCCAGUGCGCCGCAACCGACUUCCGAUGCAGGGAUGGAGCGUGCAUUAAUAAAAGUAAAAUCUGCAACGCAUUCAUAGAUUGCGAAGACGGCAGCGAUGAGCUUGGCUGCGGCUGUGAUAAGGAAAAGGAGUUUGCAUGUGAGGAUCGUUCGCGCUGCAUUUUCAAAGAGUGGCGCUGCGACGGAAGUGUGGAUUGUUUAGACGGCUCCGACGAAAAGGGCUGCGAAACAAAGGCAUUGAAGUGUCAACCCGACGAGCGCCUUUGUGGCAGCAAAGAGCGAUUAUGUGUGCCUUUGAACAAGUUUUGCGAUGGGACUUUCCACUGCGACGACCACAGUGAUGAGGGCCCGCAGUGCUAUAACAAACAGUGUACUGCCCACAUCGACACCUGUAUUAAUGGCACUUGCCAGCCGCUGCCCGACGGUACACUCACAUGCUUGUGUCCGGCUGGCUACGCUUUGGAUCCGGAAGACAGUCGCACUUGCAUAAAAAAGGAAGGCUGUCCCGACACGGAUGGCCGCUCCAAUCCCUGGCUGUGGGGCCGUUGCAGUCAGAAGUGCGCCUCGCUGGCAACGGGCACCGGCUAUGUGUGUGAUUGCUACCCCGGGUUCAAGUUGGCGCAGGACAAGUUCACAUGCGAUAGCGUUGACAACCGCAGCGCCUAUCUGAUAUUCUCCAGCCGACACGAGAUACGCAUGCUCAACCUGCGCGAGCCAGACAUCCAGCCGGUUCUGGUGCCUUCUCUGCGCAACACCAUCGCUAUUGACUUUCUCUAUGACACUGGGGACGGCGAUCGCCAGCAGAUAUUCUGGACGGAUGUUGUUGACGACAAGAUCUUCUCCGGCAGCCUUGUUGAUUCAGCCGUUUUCAAUAUCCAAACGGUAGUGGAAAAUUCUAUACCGACGGCCGAAGGUAUCGCCGUCGACUAUGUGGCUAAAAAUCUCUACUGGGUGGAAAGCACUCUGGACCAGAUCGAAGUAUCGAAAUUAAACGGCCAGCGUCGCGGAACCAUCAUUGCCGGUAGCAUGCACAAUCCCCGCGCUAUCGCCUUGGAUCCACAAGAAGGGUGGCUGUUUUGGAGUGAUUGGGAUCCUGAGUUUCCCAGAAUCGAGCGAGCGUCGAUGGCUGGGGAAAAUCGCAGCGUCCUGGUCAAUGUCAGCAGCGUAAAGGGAGGCCGCUGGCCAAACGGCUUGGCUAUGGAUCUGGAAAUGCGGCCGCAUCGGGUUUACUGGAUUGACGCCUAUUCGGAUGCUAUUUAUACCGUGGACAUUGACGGGCACGAUCUCCGCGAAAUUCUGCGGGGUGGAGAUUUUAUUCAGCAUCCUUUUGCGUUGGCUGUGUAUGGUUCGCACGUUUUCUGGACCGACUGGAGAACCAACGCUAUCCACAAAGCCAAUAAGUGGAAUGGAUCAAAUAUCGAGACUGUUGUGCAGGUGACAACACAGCCUUUCGACCUGCACGUAAUGCAUUCCUCCCUUCAGCCCAAAGUGAGCAACCCGUGUGCGAAUCAAAACGGCGGGUGCUCCCAUUUGUGCGUAAUUGGACUGGGAGGAACUGCGCGUUGUGUGUGCCCGCAUUUGACCAAAUUUGUGGAAGGCAGCACGACACAGUGUCAGCAUUUUCGGACCUUCAUGGUCUUCUCAGCUAGCACGGAGAUUCGUGGCGUCACCCUUGAUGCUAGCUAUCACAACUUUAUCCCGGCCGUGAUCAACGUGCAGAAUGCCACCAGUAUGGAAGUCGACGUUCAGACGGACAGCGUUUAUUGGGUGGAGACCAAGGCCAAGACCGUCGUACGCGGCUUUCUCAACGGAACUUCUAUCGAAACCAUUAUUGACUCACCUGGAACGCCUCGUCCGACUGAUAUUGCCAUUGACUGGAUUUCACGAAACAUUUAUACCACAUUUUCCGCUGAUUACACUGCUGGAAAACUGAGUAUAGCAUCGACAUCGGGCGAAAUCGUUGUGUCUACGCUUUCUGGAGAGUUUCGGAAGACUCUAGUAAAAGAUGGAAUCAAAACACCUAUAUCCGUUGCCGUCGAUUCUGUUACUGGUGCAAUGGUUUGGGCUGAUAUCGGGUUCGCUAAGCACCGCAUUGAACUGUCAGCUAUGAACGGAGACGCUCGGCGAGUGUUCAUUGACGAGGCAUCUAGCAUUUCUGGCUCCAAGAUCGCCGGUGCUCGCGGCGUCAAUUUCCCACGGUGUCUGACCUUUGGAUACGGGAAGCGACAGGGUUUUCUGUACUGGAUCAGCCGUGUGGAGGAAGAGAUUCAGUUCUGCCGGUUGCCGACAUUGCAUGCGGAGGCGACACGAGGGCGGUGUCCACAAGUGGAGGCGUUGUCGGCUGUGCAGCUGAGCAAUCCCUUAGCGAUUGCAUAUUACGACGAUAGUCUGUUGAUUGCGUUGGGGCAUCCGCAGUUGUCGGUGGGGGUACUGCGUUUGGCGGACAUGAACUUCACCGUUAUCCGGUCCAAUAAUCUGCCCGUCGUCAGCUUGAAGAUGUUCAGUCCGCAGGUGCAAACUGGGUCCAACGCUUGUUCGGAAAGAAACGGUGGCUGCUCCCAACUGUGUCUGCCGUCAUUUGUUUCUGGCAGAACCUGCAACUGCACCGUCGGUUAUGUCUUUCAUUCACAGGAUGGUCAGCCAACAGCGUGUAUGCCCAUUAACUCCACUUUGUUGUUUUCAAUGGGAAAUCAGAUUCAUGGCAUAAGUCUGGACAUCAGUCAAACCGAGAAGCUUCUACCGCCCUUAUCGAGAAUCACUUUGGCUGCUGCGUUGGAUUUUGAGGCCGAGAACUCGUAUAUCUACUGGGUUGAUCCCAAAUUGUCGACGCUAAACCGCAUACGACGUGAUUUGACGGGCCGGCAAGUGAUCCUACAGGAAGGAAUCACUUCCGUCGAAGAUAUUGCGCUGGACUGGAUAGCCGGUAACAUCUACUGGACCAAUCCGGCAGGAAAAAGUAUCGAAGUAGCCCGCUUAAACGGCUCCUCCAGAUAUGUCGUGGUGUACGACAAAGUGGACCAACCCAAAGCCAUCGCGGUUCAUCCCGCCAAAGGCUACUUAUUCUGGAGCGACAACGCCGCCACCCGGCCCCGCAUCGAGCGGGCUUUCUUGGACGGAAGUGGCCGGUUCAGUCUGACGUUGUCCGGGCGGAUCACGGACAUGACGGUGGAUUAUGAACUGGGGCACAUUUACUGGUGCGACGCCCUAGCACAUCUCAUUGGACGGGCAAACCUGGACUUCUCCGGUCGAAUUAGUUUGAUCAGUGCUGUUGAACAAUCUCUGCCCGGUAGCCCAUCUGCCUUAGCUGUUUUCCAGCAGUAUUUGUACUGGACUGAUAAAAACAACCAAAAAGGAGUAAUUUACCGUGCGGAUAAGGCUGAUCUACGCUCGGCAACCGUGGUGCGUCAAGAUCUCAAUGCAACUGUCAAUGACCUGGUUAUUUUCAGUAAAGAUCGUCAAAAAGGUAGCAAUCCGUGUGCUGUUAAUAAUGGAGGCUGUGAAGAGCUGUGUUUCUUCAUCGGGAAUACAUUGCCUGAGUCGAAGAGUCCAUCAUCCGUGAAGUCUGCAGGGGUCCAGUGUGCUUGUGCUCACGGACUUUUAGCGCCGGACGGACAGAGUUGCGACAUCCAUUCGUCCUUUCUGCUGUACUCGCGUGGCCGGAGUGUGGAGAGUGCCCCGCUGACCGGCGAGCUGAACAAGAAUGAUCCGCUGCCGCCCAUCAGCAACUCAUCGUUCAUGCUCAAUGUCAUCGGUUUGGGUUUUGAUUUUGCCAAUUCUCGGCUCUUCUAUAGUGAUAUCCAGCGGGGCGAGAUCGGCAGUGUUUUCUUUAACGGAACGGACUUUCGCAUUAUGGCAUCUGGAAUCCAUUCUGCGGAAGGGUUGGCUUUUGAUUCCAUGACAUCGAAUUUAUACUGGACCAGCUAUAACAAUGCCUCCAUUUUCCGCAUGUCGGUUGGUCGGUCUGGCCGUUCAUCUUCACCUCAGCGCGUUAUCCAGUUGACAGUUGGGGAUAAGCUGCGUAAUCUGGCUUUGGAUGCCUGCAGAGAAAUGUUGUACUGGACAAAUUGGAAUAAAGAUCGACCGAGCAUCCAGAGAGCCGGUUUCGAUGGUCGCCAACUGGAGGACAUCAUUGAUACGGACAUUAAAACGCCAAAUGCCAUAACCAUCGACCAUCGUAGUCAGUACCUGUUUUGGGCCGAUGCCUUGCUAGACAAAAUUGAACGCUGCCGUUUUGAUGGCAGAGACAGGAAGGUGCUUUUAUGGGAAAACGUGAGACAUCCGUUCGCAUUGGCUGUCUUUGGCGAGCACAUCUAUUGGACUGACUGGAUUCUGCGGGCCAUCGUACGCGCCAACAAGCACACCGGUCUGGACGUGGUGAAGAUUCGCGAAGGCCUAGGACGGCAGCCGAUGGGCAUCGUAGCUGUGGCCAACAGCAGUCAGGACUGCCGGAUGAAUCCGUGCUUCGUGAACAACGGCAACUGCUCAGACAUGUGCGUGCCCACAGAGAACGGCACCGGCGUUGUCUGUCACUGUUUCAACAAUGCCACCCUGCUGCCCAACGGGACGUGUGACGCCGGACCGAUGCGUUGCCCACCGGAUCAGUUCAAGUGCCCAUCCAAUGGCCAAUGCAUCCCGCUGUUGCUGACUUGCGACAGCCGACGACAUUGUCAGGAUGGGGCCGAUGAAAACGUCGACUACUGCAAAUACCGGGUUUGCCCUGUUUCUGCUGGAUUUUUUGCUUGUAAAACAACGAGGAGGUGCAUUCCCGACAAUCUGCGCUGUAAUCGACGCGAUGAGUGUGGUGAUGGAUCAGAUGAACGCGAUUGCGUGUGCAAUGAAAGUGAGUUCAAAUGCAAGACAACCGGAGAAUGCAUAAAAAACGAGUACCAUUGCGACGGAGAACAGGACUGUGGGGACAGCAGCGAUGAAAUCGGCUGCGCCGGUAAAGACUGCGAAACCACCCCGGAUGGACGACAGAUGCUCCCGUGCCCGCACUCGUCGAUGUGCUAUUUGCCGGAAUGGCUUUGCGAUGGUGACAAUGACUGCGGAGACAACUUUGACGAGCAGAACUGCACGACAGCCAUCACUGCGGCCCCGUCGAUGGUCUGCAGCAACGACUGGUUCCGCUGCAGUACCGGACAAGGUUGCAUUCCGCCGGGCUGGCGCUGUGAUGGCGAGCCCGACUGUCACGAUAAAUCGGAUGAGCUCAAUUGCAGCAGCCAGUGUCCACCCAACUCCUUCCAGUGUUCCGAUGGAUCCUGCAUACCUUCCGUCUGGAAGUGCGACGGUGUGCCGGAAUGUCCUGGUGGGAGUGACGAAGCAGUCGAGGUGUGCCAGAAGACCAACUGUUCCGACAGUGAGUUUCGCUGCCUAACAUCCGGCCUUUGUAUUCCGGCAGACUGGAGAUGCGAUGGUGACAGUGACUGCGGCAAAAAUGAUACAUCCGAUGAGACAGAAGGAUGCGAAGGCAUGUCGAGGUGCGCAAUGAACGAAUUCCGCUGCAGAAACAAUCGCUGCAUUCCAGGGGAAUUUAUUUGUGAUGGCCUGAAUGACUGCGGAGAUUCUACAGAUGAAAUUAAGGAAAUGUGUGAUGUGCGGCGCAUUGCGAACACCAGUGCGGUAACAACGGAUGCCGACAGCACGCAGUGCGCACCUGCGGAAUUUCGCUGCAAUAACGCAAAGUGCUUGAACGAAUCUCUAGUAUGCGACAACGCUGACGACUGCGGGGACCUGAGCGAUGAAGUGGGAUGCGACCAGGACGAUUGUCAGUCCAACCCUUGCGGGCCGCACGGCGUGUGCAUAGAAAAGCGGAUCGGAUACGGGUGUAACUGCUCGCAGGGCUACGUGAUGAGCAACCGCAGCGGACAAUGCGUGGAUGAGAACGAGUGCCUGCGCUUCCCAUGUAGCCACUUCUGCUACAACACCAUCGGCAGCUAUCGCUGUGUCUGCGCUCACAACUACACCGCCAUCGACUCCGGCCGUCUGUGUAAGGCCAGCUCCGAUGUGACGCCCAACAUGCUGUAUACCGUGCGCCAUUCUGUACGUACUGUGUUACUGCGGGGCGAUACUGCGCAGGUAGGCGGGCGACUGCUGGCCGGCAACCUGUCCAGUGCGGUGGCUGUGGAUUUUGACUGGGACAGUCAGUGUGUCUUCUGGUCGGAUGUCCUGCCAACCGGCAGCACCAUCAAUCGACUGUGCCUUAAUCAGCACAACGCUUCGCACCUUCCCGAGGUGAAGGUUCUGCACUCUUCCUCGUUGUCCAACCCCGACGGAAUGGCGGUCGACUGGAUCGGGAAGAACCUGUACUGGUGCGACAAGGGUAGUGACACCAUUGAAGUAUCCAACUUUGACGGCGGCUGGCGAAAGAUUCUGCUUAAGGAGGGCCUGCACGAGCCCCGGGCGCUUGUUGUUGAUCCGCACCAUGGUUACCUUUACUGGUCAGACUGGGGAACGAACGCCCAUAUUGGAAAAAUGGCCAUGGAUGGCGGAUCGCCGCCCUUUCGGCUCAUUUUGGACCGUACGGAGCUGUUCUGGCCUAAUGCAUUAACCAUCGACUAUGUUACCAACACACUCUUCUGGGCAGACGCGCAUCUGGAUUAUAUCGCAAUGGCUGAUUUGAACCUGCAGAACCGCCGUCGCAUUCGUAGUAACUCGCAGAGCCAGACGCCGACGGAGCGACUGGGUCACGUCUUCGCGAUGAGUGUCUUUGAGGAUUUCCUGUACUGGACUGACUGGGAGAGUAAACAGAUCCAUCGGGCGCACAAGUUCACCGGCCGCAAUAUGACUGUGCUAGUGUCAGCGUCCUCGCAUCGUCCCAUGGAUCUGCAGGUGUUCCACCCCUUCCGACAGGCUGCACUGGCAUUCGGCCCAAAUCCCUGCGCCAAAGGCGGCGGCUGCAGCAAUCUGUGCCUGCUUAAACCUACCAAUAGCAGCCAGAGACCGGUUGGUAAGGUUUGUGCCUGUCCUGAGAGCUUUGCACUGCAGCGGGAUAUGAAAACGUGCGCGGCCAAUUGUUCACAGGCGCAGUUUGUAUGUCUCCAAACCUUUAAAUGCAUUCCGAAAUGGUGGGUGUGUGACGGCCAAGACGACUGCGGAGAUGGAAGCGACGAGCAAGUGAACGGGUUCAACUGUGGAGAUCGAUUUGGCUGCACACCCGGCGAAUUUCAGUGUGUGGACGGCAAAGGCUGUCUACAUCCGACGGCAAUAUGUGACGGCAUAAAACAGUGCGCUGACGGAAGCGACGAGGACGGCUCGGUGGUCGAUUGUCCUUCUUAUCGCUGCUUGUCUAGCCAGUUCAAGUGCGCACAGUCUAACCAUUGCAUUCCCAUGUCCAUGCGCUGCGACGGUCGUCCGGAUUGCAGACUAGGCGAAGAUGAAGCGAACUGCACUAGGAACAUCAGCGGAAGCCUCGUGCCUAAGCACUGCAUGCCGCCGCUGCGCUUCCAGUGCGGCACCGGACAGUGUAUUGGUUCCGAAAAGGUAUGUGACGGAGUGGGCGACUGCACGGACAGCAGUGACGAAAUGCCGGCUAUCAACUGUACGAUGCUGCCCUGUGGACGCAACGACAGUUUCCGCUGUGCCAACCGACAGUGUAUCGAAGAGGCGCGCCGCUGCGACGGCAUCAAUGACUGUUCGGACGGGUCUGAUGAGUGGCCGCACGCCUGUCUUCUGCCCGGGAACUGCGAUACCACUUCCUUCUUUACCUGCAACAACAGCCGCUGUAUUUCGCGCAAAUGGGUCUGCGACGACGAGGACGACUGCGGCGACAACUCAGACGAAGCGCAAUGCUACGAGCCGGAGAUGAACUGCGGCUCCAACGAAGUGGCUUGCGACGGACAUUGUAUUGAUGCCAAGUUCCAGUGUGAUGGUGAGGCGGACUGUCAGGAUGGCAGCGAUGAGCUGAACUGCACAUCGCCCUGCGCCGAAGGCUAUACAGCGUGCCGCGAUGGCAGUGGCUGCGUGCAAGCCAAGUGGAAGUGCGACGGGGUGAUCGAUUGUCCAGACGCUUCUGAUGAGAACAACUGUGCCUACACGUGUGCACCCGAUGAGCACACCUGCAAAAACAAACGCUGCAUUACCAAAACGUGGUUGUGUGACGGCGAUAACGACUGCGGCGACGGUAGCGACGAGGAACCUGGGCUGUGUGCGCGUUUCCCCUGCUUCGCCGAUCGGUUUCGCUGCGCCAGUGGAUUGUGCAUUCUGCCGUGGCAGCAGUGCGACGGCCGAAAAGACUGUGCUGAUGGAUCGGAUGAGUUGUAUUGCCCGGGUCAUCAGUGUCGGUAUCGCUGUGCUAAUGGACGCUGUCUGCAGUCAGAGAAGGUAUUGUGCGACGGGGUUGAUAAUUGUGGUGACGGCAGCGACGAGGAGGCGUGCCCUGAUCAAGAAAAUCCCUGUGAUCGCCACGGGCUGUGCUCGCAGCGCUGUGCUUGGGACAAUAACGGUGACAGCUUCAACUGUAUUUGCGAUGGCGGAUAUCGAAUGCUGAUGCACGGCAGAAAUAAGACUUGUGUCGCCGAGGGAGCCGCUGCCUAUCUGCUGGUGUCCGAGCACAGCCAACUGACCCGGCUGGAUCCGUAUCACCGACGCGCGGACUAUCGGCCGCUAAUGGCCUUUAAGGAGGAGCGGAUGACCUUUAUGGAUGUGGAGAUCUUGUCGGGAAAUGACGCGGUGCUCUACUGGAGCAGCCGCGACAAUCAUGGCAUCUUCCGGCAGACGGUGCCCAAACGAAGGAAAGAACGAGCCGAUUUUGACCACAGCAAACCGAUGAUCUUGGUAUCGAACGUUGUGGAGCCACGCGGAGUGGCUGUGGAUUGGGUCAACAAGCGGCUCUUCUGGGUUGAUGGGCACAGUAAGCACAUCGAGACGGCUCUCUUGAACGGAUCUCUGCGCAGUCCGGUGGUGUCCAGUGAAUUGUCGGACCCGUACAAUCUGGUGGUAGAUCCGGAAUCCGGUUACGUCUUCUGGAGCGACGUCUCCGGGCGACCGCGCAUCGAACGCGCGCGCUACGACGGUAGUGAUCGGCGCGUGUUGGCGCAAGCGAGCCUGCGUUACCCAACGGGAAUGGCCAUUGAUUACGCCAACCGGCGUCUGUACUGGGCCGAUCCGAAAACGGGAUCGGUUGAGACCAUCACGUUGGAGGGAAGGGACCGGCGCUCUAUCAAGCACUCCCUCUUUGAAAAAGAGAAGCCCUAUGGCAUCGACGUCUUCGAGGAUGAACUGUACGUAUCGACGUACUCCAGUCAUAGCGUCUUCAAGAUUAACAAGUGGGGUGCCGGCAAUGCCACUCUGCUAGCCAAGGGAUUGCGGAGGCCAGCGCGAUUGCUCAUUGUGCAGGAGCACAAACAAAAUCGCCAGUUGCCGGCGCUUUGCCAAUCCAAUCCCUGCGAAGGGCAGCGCGUCUGCGUGCCUGAGCCGCCAGCUGGAUAUAAGUGCGUCUGUCCGGGUUACUCCAUCUUCAAUGAACAGAAUAGACGAUGUGAAGCCACGCCCGGCAACUGCAUUCCGCCCUGUCAGAACGGCGGCAAAUGUCUGCAGUUGUUAUCUGGUAAUGGAUUUGUUUGUCGAUGCAGCGCUGAGUAUUCUGGACCGACGUGUGCCGUGAGCAAGUGCGCCACAUACUGCUACAACAACGGCGCCUGCUACUUCGACGAACAGGGCAAUACCACCGUCCCACGCUGCCGCUGUAAGAUGCCCUUCGCGGGAGAGCGCUGUCAGAGCAACCUUUGCUCGACACACUGCAAGAACAAUGGCACCUGCAGCCUCGGUCCGGACAGCCAGAUCCACUGCCAAUGUCUUAGCGGGUGGAGCGGCCAGCAGUGCGAGAAGCCGGUGGACCAGUGUGACAAGCUGUGCAAAAACGGUGGUCGCUGUUUCAAAGGCGAAGACGGACGCGCCUAUUGCCAGUGUGAUUUAGGGUUCACGGGAGAUCAAUGCGAAUGGGGCGAGGGCCCCUGCGGACGCUGUUUGAACGGCGGUAUCUGUUAUGUAGACAGCACCAGCGGCGCGGAAAAAUGCCGAUGCCUGGAAGAAUUCACUGGGGAUCGCUGCGAAGAGUGCCAGUCGUUCAAGUGUGAGAACGAUGGCACGUGCCACAUCACCGGCGGCAAACCGCGGUGUAAUUGCAGCAUCGGUUUCACGGGACAGCGCUGUCAGAAGGAUCUGUGCCAGGCGUAUUGCGCGAGCGGAAAUUGCAUUCAUGGUGUCCCACCACGCUGCAACUGCCCUCCGGGGCGCAGUGGUCUGCGCUGCGAAGUGGACGAAAAUUGCGCGUGCCGGCAUAACGCCACCUGCGGGCCCCUGGUCAAGGUAGACGGCCGACAGGUCAACAAAUGCAUUUGCCCUCCUGGAUUCAGUGGGACACUGUGCGAAAAAGCGUUGAACUGCUACGCACUGCAGUGUCUAAACGGAGCAAAAUGUGUUAAGGACGAGGUGACCAAUUUCCGCUGCGAUUGUCCGGUGGGCUGGCUGGGUGAGCGCUGCGAGACUCAUGAGAAAUGCGUGGACUAUUGCGAGAACGGCGGUACAUGUCUGCCGGGAGCGGAGUCCGAUGAUCCCACUUGCUUAUGCCCAAGCGCCUUCAUGGGCGCACAGUGUCAGUCGACCCUGUCGGACGUGGACGCCGCUGAGGAAGCCGCGAAGGGCGAAGAAGGCUCGGCGGCGGUGAUCGUUUACCCCGUGAUGAUUGUGGUGCUGCUUCUGUUGUUGGCGGUCGGAUUGUGCGUAGGUUGGCGCCGUCGACAGCAGGCCAAGGCCUUCCGGCACAUUCUCAUGGAGGAUAUGCCCGAGGGUGGUGGAGGCGGCAUGCAGGCAGCGAUUAGUAAUCCCAUGUAUCUCAAAGACGGCGAUGACAUCCUGGACGAGCAGGACGUGUUGCAUCCCGACAAGGCGGCUUUUGCCAAUCCCAUCUACGAGUCGCAUGUCUUCCGCGGUGGGGGCGGCGGCCGGCCGGGCAAUAGUGACACGGAGAAGGCCGGCCUGCUGCUGCAGGAUGAGGAGUUGGACGUGGUCGGGCUAGCGGCAGUGGCACGCGGUCAGCCGCAUCGCCACGCGCUCGCAUGAGUUCUCUUCUUGCAAUUGAGAACGUUAAUCUCACAGCUGGUGCCGAGGCAGCUAAACUUCAGCGAUUGAUCGAUGGACCCAUCGGCUGGCCAGUGAUUUGGGCUUCCAUUAGCAUAGUCUUCUGCAGCUUCUUGCCCCUCUUGGUUUCUUUUAUCUUUCAACUGCUUUUAGAUCUAGUUUUUUUUUGUUUUUACUGGUUUGAUGUUGUUUUUGUUUUUUGAGUUUGAACCUGCUUUCCACGUAAUUGUAGUCGAAAUUGGCGACAUUCCAAAUUUGAUGUAACCGGUUGACGCGGCUGCAGAAUGCGUGCUUGCUUCGCGUUUGUGGAAAACUCUCAAAUAAAAAUGCCUAAUGUUG